AUAUUGUAUAUUUUUAUAUAAAUAAUGGCAGUUAUCGCGGCAUUCCUAAGCUUGAUUUUAAGGCUGUUAAUAACGACUUCAGAAAUUGAUGGCGUUCCCCAAGAUAAGCAACUGGGUGAUUCGUGCUUCUGGGAGUUGGACAAUACGAUGGGCCGCUGUGAGAUAGAUUCAAAAUGCGUUGUGCUGCAUGAGGCCAUUAGGGCGCGAAAAUUGAAAAUAGAUGAUAUACCCACCUGCGGUUACUUCAGUGCCAACUCCCCGGAAAUGGUCUGCUGCCCCACAGUUCCUAAAGAACUUAGGUUUCCUUAUCUGGCAUCCCUCCAAUAUGUUGGCCCCCUUCAUGACGACUUCGUCUUCCGUUGUACGGCAAUUAUACUUUCGUCGAAGCAACUGCUGACCACAAGCAUCUGUGUGGGCAGUAAGGAACGGGAGAAUCCUAACAGCGUUGUACUGGGCGUAAGCGAUAUGAGAGGUCACAUUGAUGAGAAGCUAACUUUUCAGCUGAAGACCAACGCCAUGCAGAUUAACAACGAUGUGGUGCUGUUCGAUCUGCACACGGAUAUUAAUUUCAAAGAUCAGUCAAUGAAAAAUGUGAGCAUGGCUACUCUUUGCUAUGAAAACGAAUUGACGGAACAGUCAAGGCUAUAUGCUGUGGGCUUUGCUCAAAACGAGGCGACCAACUGUGGCUUGUUCAAGUUACGCCUGGAGAGACUAUCCGACUGCAGAGUGCCGGAGCUAAGUCGUCCGGUGACCGGAAUCAAUACAAAUGCAACACAUAUCUGUGUGAGAGCUAUGCCGGAGACUUCCCCUAGACUCGAUGGCUGCAAAAAUUGCCUGACUGCCACCUCCAGUGUCCUCCAUGUGGAACGAAGCGAUGGCAGCUUAUGUGUGGCGGGCAUUGCCACGCCCACCACAGACGAGUGCACUGUGAAUAGCGAAUCGACUCUCUAUACCAUAUUUGUAAAGAUCGGAUUCAAGAAUGCAUGUGGCCAAUUUGUUUUACCCGAUGGGCCCACAUACAGAAACAACAAUGAUUAGGGUUUAUUCAAUACUUUUAUUAUGAUUUAGCAAUAUCUAUAUUUCCUACGAUAUUUUGUCAUCUGGGUCAAUGUAUACUCGGAAUAUACAAAGAUUUCAUAUAAAUGAAAAGGAGUUCAACGAAUUCUACGUUUGUUGUUUGUGUACGAGGU